AUGAUUUCGACAAAGGAACUCACUCAACACUCUCUUUUUGACGUCAAGGGAUUCGUUGCGGUUGUGACAGGUGGUGGAUCUGGCAUUGGUUUAAUGGCAACUCAAGGGCUUAUAGCAGGUGGUGCACGCGUCUAUAUUGUCAGUCGCCGCAAAGAGGUUUUGGAUGAAGUAGCAAAGAAGUACUCGCAAACAGGCCAAGGGGGCAUUAUUGGUAUCAAAGCAGAUAUUAAUUAUCUCAACGAUGUCGAAAACCUUGCAAAGGAGUUAGAGGCCAAAGAGCCAAAAGGGAUCAAUAUUCUCAUUAACAAUGCUGGGGUGACCCAAGAGGCGGACAAGAAGAGUCAGGUGUCUUCCGUCGACUACCACUCCGCUGAUUCAGUACGCUCAUGGCUUGAGGGCAAUGGAAGGGACAUUUGGCAACAAACACUGGCCUCAAACUUGACUUCCCAUCAUUUUGUUACCGCACGACUUGUUCCAGCCUUGGACAAGGGAAGUAGCAUUAUUCCCGGGCACUCGUCAUCCAUCAUAAACAUCUCCAGUAUUUCCGGGACCGUUAAGUCGACCUCAUCUGGUCAAUUUGCCUAUGCAGCUAGCAAGGCAGCAUUCACCCAUCUUAGUCGCCAGCUCGCAUACACUCUAUAUCCACUUCAUGAAAAUCAAAAAUCAAAGAUAGAAGGCGCCGGCCACAAAUUCCCAGCGGGUAUGACUGCCUUUCCACACUCGCCGAUUUGGUAUCGGAUAGAAGCUAAGCAAAGUACACAGGUCGAACUGGGCAAGAAGCUGAUAUCGCAAGCGCUGUGCUGUACCUUGGCAGCCGCGCGGGCACGUUCGUCAACGGGGAAACAAUUCACGUAG